AUGGAUCGGCUUCUUUCUGUCCCAGAGCGGACUAGAUCCUCCCUAUUCUUGGCUUCCCGAAGAGCUUGUCUCCAAGCUUCCGUUCUGGCUACCGCAGGAUUUGUCAAGGGAGGCGAUGAAGUCGACGGAAAAUUAACAAAUCUACCAUCCACUGCCAUCACCGUUCAAGGUAUCAAGAAGAUUGCGCAUGUAAGUUUCAAUCCUGGCUCGAAGGUCCCUGAUAGCCGGCUUCACGUAUUCCCCUGGCGACCGGGCCCAGACGCUGGGAAGGAUAUUGGAACCAGUGGGUCAUAUGAUACGCUGGUGUUUAUCGUUUUCCUUGAGAAGUUGCCUCCGAUACAGUCGGUCAAAUCGGCUGCCAUCACGACGUGA